CUCCGCCAUGGCAGUGCCGGAAGGGGCGGAGCUGCGGGAACUGCCGGCCCCGUGAUGGUGCACCUCGGGCUGCGGCGGGUGGAGGACAGCGUGGCCGCCAAACACCCGGCGCUGCAGCAGUACGCGGCGUGCCAGGCCCACGCCUUCAUGAAGGGCAUCGGCACCUUCCUGGCAGGCGGCGGCGCUGCUUUUGCCGUGCAGAAGCUGGUGAACAAGAGGCUGCCGUACGCGCUGCAGUGGAACCUGCUGCUGUCUGUGGCGGCAGGGUCCUUGGCCAGCUAUAUGGUGACCAGAGUGGAGACGCAGAAAUGCUCGGACUUCUGGAUUUACUUGGAGACGGGCACAUCCCCGCAGGAGCACCGCACGGCUGACGGAGCGCCUCAGCCUGCAGACAAUCUGUUCGGCCUGGAGGAUGCAGAGAGAGUGCCACCACCCGUGAGGAGGAACAAAUACGGGGACAUCGUGGAGUAGCCAGGAGCACGGUGUGCUGUGCCCACAUCCUGCUGCUGCCCUCAGCCCUUCUGUCUGCUUGGUGUGCCCCUGCAGUGUGGGAGACAUCUGCAGUGCUGCUGGGGAGCUCAGGGGAGUCCCAGCAGUUGUGUGUGAGCACCCAAUAAAAGUCCUGAGCUGAAUGCACACGCUGUGAAGGAAGUCAUGUCUGGCAGUGGGGUGGAAGGAGCUGGUGGCAAACGUCACCUGGACGCAUCCCCUCUGCUGUAUGUUGAAGCAGAAAAAUCUGGUCUCUCUGAGACCGCAGGAGUCACAGCCCAAGUGUGCUGGGCUGCGAAACAUCUCUAGACGUGGACGUGAGGAGGCAGAGCUGCUGCCACACUCUCUGGUCACUGAGCAUUGCUGAUCACAGUCUCCCUGUGCUCAUAACAGCAUGACUUGUUUGCUCGCCCAAAUGCUGCUGUUCUGAAUCUUCUGCAAUGCUGUCUGUCCCAAAGGGGGGGAUCAAGGUGUGCGUGCCCAGAGCCGGGCUGAGACACCC